GCGGCUGGGCGAAGCUUGUUGGCACGGCUGGCUGACGUCAGCGCAAGCGCAGAGGCUGCUGACGGAGAGAAGAUGGUGGUCAUUAAGGAAUACCGUGUGGUUCUGCCUUGCUCCGUAGAAGAGUACCAAGUUGGCCAGUUAUAUUCAGUAGCUGAGGCAAGUAAAAAUGAAACUGGUGGCGGAGAAGGCAUUGAAGUUUUGAAGAAUGAACCCUAUGAGAAAGAAGGUGAAAAAGGACAAUACACGCACAAGAUUUACCAUUUAAAAAGUAAAGUCCCUGGCUUUAUCAGGAUGAUUGCACCUGAGGGUUCCCUAGUGUUCCAUGAAAAGGCCUGGAAUGCGUAUCCAUAUUGUAGAACAAUCGUAACGAAUGAAUAUAUGAAAGAUGACUUCUUCAUAAAAAUUGAAACAUGGCACAAGCCAGAUAUGGGUACAUUAGAGAAUGUUCAUGAAUUGGAUCCUGUUACAUGGAAGUCCGUUGAGGUGGUACCCAUUGACAUUGCAGACAGGAGUCAAGUAGAUCCAGGUGAUUACAAAGAGGAUGAAGACCCGGCAUUAUUUCAUUCAGAGAAGACUGGCAGAGGACCCUUGGGGCCCAACUGGAAGAAGGAGCUGGCCAGCAGACAGGACUGCCCUAGGAUGUGUGCAUAUAAGCUGGUGACUGUAAAAUUCAAGUGGUGGGGCUUGCAAAACAAAAUAGAGAACUUCAUCCAUAAGCAAGAGAAGAGGAUUUUCACUAACUUCCAUCGCCAGCUCUUCUGUUGGGUUGACAGAUGGGUUGAACUGACAAUGGAGGACAUUCGGAGAAUGGAGGAUGAGACGCAAAGGGAGCUUGAAGAGAUGCGUAAGAAGGGCACUGUUCGAGGCACAACGGCGGCGGAUGAUUAGCAAAGUCCUCUGUAGGUUCAGAGGCAGACUAUCUUCGCAAACAAGGACAGGUGCGGGGAACAAGUGCUGCAAAUGAUGAAUGAGGCAAUAAAAGCGACCAGUCCUUUCUGAUCUUUUCGGGGUUUGUUACAGCUGAUCAGCAGUUCUCAACUUGACCUUGCCACGAAUCCAGACACGAAGCACUCAUUGGAAAAACCUGGGGCAACACUGUACACUAAAACAAAUGCAAUUCCCCUAAUCAACAAAUUAUGUCAGGCUGUAAAAAUCAAAAAGAGGUAUUCAUAAACGGACCUGUUCUGGACCAAUUUUAUUUUUUUUAAUUUGUUUUAUUGUUUCUUUUUGAUAAAAUUUUUUGCUGCGAUAUUUCACUUUUGUAAGCUGUUUGUAAAACCUUAGUUUUAAAUGUCUGAUUGUUGGGGGGUGGGGUCAGUGUGGUUCGCUAAUUCAUCACGCACGUCCCCCCCGCCUCCCCUCCCCAGUACACGCACACGAUAUCAUGUUUGUCUGUUCGCCUGUUGCCUUUUUGUAAACCUUGAGGCAGCUCCGUGGAUGUCAUGCGUGUUUUAAGGGUCUCGAGCCUUCAACCUUUUCUAUUAACCUGGUGAACAAUUGACGGGCCAUUCUGGUGCCGUAGAAAUGGCUUUCCUUCCAGUGUUUCCCUCAGGGCUACAGUUUGUGUUCCUAAAAGGGCAUUUUGAAGGGCAGAAAGAGAGAGAACCAUUUUUGAAAUACUCGCUUACCAACCCUUGGUUCUACUCAAAUGGUGGAUGUUGCGUCUGGGCACCUGGGUUUCCAAGAUAUUCACUUACUAAUACUGCAGACUGGCUGACUACUUUCCACACUUAUUCCAGAUGGAGGGCCAUGGCUUUGCUGCGCCAGGAUCAGCAGAGCUUCAUUCAUUUCUGCAAAAAUAUAGAAAUUAGUUUUUAAUUUUUUUUCUUCUCACCAAAUAUUUUAACGCCACCUUUCUGCACCAUGACUUUAUCAAAGCAAUAGAACUUGAUGGCACAAGAAGUAGGCUGCUGCUGUUGUAAGCACCCACAGUGACUGUGGCCUGCCUUGACCGCCCCGCCAUGCAUGUCGGCUGCACAGGAGCGCGCCUUGGCACCUUUGCUUUUAGUUGUGGCAGAUCUGGACACCGGUCCCUUUGGCCGGCUGCUGUCAUGGCAGCAGUGAGGGAGAUGAGGAAUCCUAGUGAUGCACCACAUCAGUGCUGCCUGCUCCUUCUUCGAUUUUUACUUUUUUAAUGCAUAGUGAUGACAUGGGGAGGGGGGGUGGUUGGCAAAUGCACUGUUCAAUCAUGGUCUAAAAAAAGUGACUCGCAGGAUCAAAUCUUGUCAACCUUCUAAACAUAUGGGUACUUUUAAAUGUCUAUCUGAUCGUUUUUGGAAAUUCAGGUGGAACUACUGAAUGUAAAAUGUUGAAACAGUCUAUUUUUUCUCUCCUCUAAUGCAGUUGUACUGUAAGAGGAUUAGGAAGUGGAACUAAAAAUAUCUAAUAAAUUUGAAGAUAAAGUGCAA